CAUAUCAAAAUAAACCACCCAAACAAACAAAAUUAUUUGCACGAAGUAUAUAAUAUAAAAACAAAUUUUAUGGCGGUGAAGCUGCAUGGAAUGUGGGCAAGUCCUUGGGUGAGAAGGGUUACUAUUGCCCUGAAAAUUAAGGGUAUACCCUACGAAUACUUUGAAGAAGACUUAAAAAAUAAGAGCCAAUUGCUCCUUCAAUAUAACCCAGUUAAGAAGUUGGUUCCAGUGCUUGUUCAUGAAGGCAAGCCAAUUCCUGAAUCUUUGAUCAUUCUUGAAUACAUUGAUGAGACUUGGAAGAAUUCACCUAAACUUUUCCCUCAUGAUCCUUACAAACGAGCCAAAGUUCGAUUUUGGGCAGAUUUUAUCAAUCUUCAGCUUUUUGAGAAACUUCGGGAUGUUGUCAAAAGUCAGAAUGAUUAUGAAGAGGACAAAAUCAUCAAGGAAAUUCAAGAAAGCAUGAACAAAUUGGAAGCAAACGUGAAGGAUUUAUAUUCAACAGCAACACAUUCAAAUAGAGAAACCAUGGAAAUAUUGGACAUAUUGAUGAUCACAUUAUUGCCAAUUAUAAAUGGAGUUGAAGAAGCAAUAUCUGUCAAAUUCAUACACCCAGAAAAUUUUCCCUUGGUAUUCUCAUGGAUGAAAUCCCAUGAUGAUGUUCCAUUAGUUGAAGAUACAGCUCCAAAUCAUGAACAACUGGUCAAAUUUCUCCGAAAACUUAGACAAUAUUUCAGAAAUAUUGCAAUUUCCUCCACUUGAUAAGCUUUACUACAUCAUUUGAAGUUCUAUUAAACCUUCUUUACUACUGUAGUUACUACUAAGCAAGAUGUUUUACGCUUUUUUUGUUGUCU